AUGUCAUUUCCACUCUUCACUUUGUUCCCAGCUGAAGUCCAAGGACUGGUAAUGGAGCAAUGUCCGCCGAAUGAUCGAGUGUGUUUGAGUUUGACCUGCAAAUCCCUCUACAAUCUCUCUACCUUGAGCAAGCCUAUAGACCUAGAGACCACAGAUAUGGGCCAUGGACCCCUCUGCUGCUCGCACACAGACUCAGACUGGACUUCCCGAUGGCAACAUCGCCGAGAUUGUCAUAAGCUGUCUUACGAAACAAUUUGCAGACGCAAUGAAUCGAUAGGUCGCAGGAUUCCGGAGAUGAAGAAUACAUGCCGCACUAGAUGGGCAAGCAAUCAUUGCGAGUGCUUUACUCGUCGAAUGAGGUUGCAUUUGAGGUUGAAAGGGUGGAUGCCAAGGGGCCUGGGUUACUGUGGCGAGUGUGGGAAGUUCACGAAGAGGAAGAGAGGACACCAGGGAACAUGUGAGCUUAUCUCUUCGCCCGAUCGUACUGUUGAUUGGUUAUUGGCUGAUUGUUCUAAUGUCAACGAGAGGGGUAGGUCUUCAUGGCAAACCCAAAGAGCGGAUCUCGAAGCCAAAUUUCUGGACGCAUACAUCGCGUGGAGGAGCAUUUGGGAGGAAGGUCUGGAAGAAGUGGUUUAA